AUGUCCACCUUUGACUUCGUCAUCGUCGGAAGUGGCCCGGCCGGUAGCACCCUCGCCGCCGGCCUCGCUAACUCGGCUGCCAAGCCCAGCGUUCUUCUGCUGGAGGCAGGCGAAAACAACGAAGAUCGCAACCUGCGUGUCGACGGUCAGCGAUGGAUCACCUUCCAGGACCAGUCCAUGAACUGGGGCUUUAAGACAACCCCGCAGCCAGACUGCGCCAAUCGCGAGAUUGACUACAGUCGCGGCCGCUGCAUGGGCGGAUCAAGCGCCAUCAAUUUCGGCGUGUACAGCGUCGGUGCCCGCGACGAUUAUGAGGAGUGGGCGCGCAUUGCUGGCGAUGAUGAUUUCGCCUGGAGCAAGAUCCAGCAACGGUUCAAGGAUCUGGAGACCUUCCAUGGCGAAAUUCCUGAGGGUAUGGAUAAGAAAUAUGCGAAUCCCAAGUCGGAGGACCAUGGAAGCGCGGGUCCGUUGCAUGUCGGCUUCGCGCAGGAGUGGGAGAGAGAUUUAACUGGACUUUUGGAUGUCUUUGAAGACGCUGGGUUCCCAUUGAACCAAGAUCAUAAUUCAGGAAACCCGAUCGGGAUGUCGGUGUUGAUUAAUUCUGCUCACAAUGGUUUGCGCUCAACAGCGGGGGAUCUAGUCAAGGAGAAACAAGUGAACUUGACCAUCGUCACUGGCGCCCCUGUGCAGCGCGUUCUCCUGGAGGGAAAGAAGGCUGUGGGUGUUGAGUCAAAUGGAACCAAAUACUACGCCACAAAGGAAGUCAUCCUCUCUGCGGGCUCGCUGAACGAUCCCCGCAUCCUGAUGCACUCCGGCAUCGGGCCCGCCGCCCAACUCGAGCAAUAUAAUAUUCCCGUCGUCCAAGACGUCCCCGCCAUCGGCCAGGGCCUCCGCGACCACUGCUUCGUGCCAAUUGUGAACACCCGCACAGAAGCCAGCACCGACCGCAAAGCCUUCUACGGCGACAAAGCCGCCAUGGACGCCGCGCAGAAGCAAUGGCAAGAAGACGGCACCGGCCCCUGGUCAAAGUUCGCCUGCGAGCUGGGCAUCGGCUGGUUCAAGCUGGCCGAGCAGCUCACUUCCUCGCCUGAAUUCAAGGCCCUCCCUGCCGACGAACAGAAGUAUCUUCUCCAGGAGACCGUCCCGCACUACGAGAUGCUCACCCACUUCCCGAUCCACUGGUUCAUUCCGGAUUUCCCAGUCGAGGCGCUGAACUACUCCUGUCUGCUUGUUUUCCUGUUCAAUGCGCAGACUCGGGGAGAAGUUACUCUGCAAUCAUCCGAUCCCGACUCUCCGCUCUCCUUCAACCCCAAGUUCCUGGCUCACCCAUUCGAUCGCAAGCUUGCGAUUGAAGCCUUGCGUGAUUCGUUCCGUAUUAUCAAGCACGAUUCUUACACCAAAGAUAACGUGGCUGCGCUGGCCAUGCCCAAGGGCGACUCCGAUGAGGAGCUGCUCGAGUAUUGGCAACAGAACAUCUCUUCCAGCUGGCACAUGACUGGAACUGUGAAGAUGGGCAAGACAGACGAUGCGGAUGCGGUCGUCGACCCGGAUUUCAGACUCAAGGGUAUUGAGAACCUGCGUGUGGCGGAUAUGGCAGUUGUCCCAGUUUUGGUGAAUGCCCACGUCCAGGCUGUUGCCUAUGUGACUGGUGCAACCUGUGCGGAGAAGCUGGUCAAGGAGUAUAACCUUGCUUAG